ACUUUUGAUGCAAGCCAGCCAUUGUGUGCGGAAGCCGGCAUCGAAGUCAAAUUUUUUGCCGUUAAAAUGCCCAAAGAGAGACCCCCCGUCUUCACGCUUCACCCUCGGUCUCGGUUUUGUCCGUUCCACAAUUUUGCCCCUCCCCGGCGAGAUCCGGGACACAAGAAAAGAGGACGGUGGGAUCUCCGUCCUUCGAUCCACCUUUGGUCUCCCUCUCGUCGGUGGAUCGGUGGCGCUCGAUUUCUCCAAGAAUCCUCGCUCCCUUCUCACCUCACGAUCAUUCCGGCGAUCCAGAUCUAUUCCCAAGCUACUGGUAUGGGAGACAAAGAAGUUACUGGUGAAUCAAACAUCACUGCUCUUUUAUCUUCUGCACCUUAUGAUCAGUGGAUUUUGAUCCACUCUUCUGGUUGGUGCCCACCAGCUCGUUAUAAGCAUGCAGCAGAAGUGGUCCAAGAAAAGCUCUAUGUUAUUGGAGGGAGUCGCAAUGGCCGAUAUCUAUCAGAUAUUCAGGUUUUUGAUUUGAGUACUUUCAAAUGGUCCACUCUAAGCCCAAAAUUAGACCCCAAAAGUUCAAAUUUGGAGAACAAUACCUCAGAGGAAACAUUCCCAGCAUCUGCAGGCCAUAGUUUGGUUAAGUGGGAAAACAAACUUCUGAUUGUCGCUGGAUAUUCCAAGGAACCGUUGGAUACUGUGACAGUUUGGUCGAUUGAUCUAGAAACACACUACUACUCUGUUGUAACGACCAAUGGGAAAAUUCCAACUGCUCGAGGUGGUCAAUCUGUAACUUUGGUUGGCUCCAAAUUGAUUAUGUUUGGUGGAGAAGACCGUAGGAGGAGGCUACUGAAUGACCUCCAUAUUCUUGAUUUGAAGACUAUGACAUGGGAUAUAGUGGAGGCAAAGAAAACAUAUCCAGCACCAAGAUUUGAUCACAUAGCUGCGGUGCAUGAUGACCAAUAUCUUCUGAUCUUUGGUGGUUCUUCUCAUUCAACCUGUUUCAAUGAUCUUUAUCUACUUGACUUGCACAGUAUGGAAUGGUCUCAGCCAGAAACUCAGGGUACAUAUGUGACUCCUAGGGGAGGUCAUGCUGGCACUACUGUUGAUGAAAACUGGUAUAUAGUUGGCGGUGGAGAUAAUCAAAGUGGUGCUACCGAAACCAUUGUCUUGAACACAUCGAAGUUUGUGUGGUCAGUGGCCACAAGUGUAAAGCAACGUGAUCCACUUGCCAGUGAGGGCCUUACUAUUUGCUCAACAACAGUGGAUGGUGAGAAGCUUUUAAUUGCCUUUGGUGGUUACAAUGGAAAGUACAACAAUGAGGUGUUUGUUUUGAAACACAAGCCAAGAGAUUCAAUACGUCCGAGGCUUCUUCAAUCACCAGCUGCAGCUGCUGCAGCAGCUUCUGUCACUGCUGUUUAUGCUGUGAUAACUGCAACUGAUGACAAGAACAUAUAUGCCACUGGUAUCAAGGGAGCCCAAGCUGAGAGGUCUGCUGAGGUUGUUGCUGUUGACACGCAUGCAAUUACUGCAGAAAAGAAGAUGUUGGAGUCCAGGCUAGUGGAAGUAAGAGAUGAAAACUCAAGACUACAAGCCAGUCUUGAUGAGAUGAACAAUUCCCAUACUGAAUUAUUAAAGGAACUAAAAUCAGUCCAAGGUCAACUGGCGGCUGAGAGUGCAAGAUGCACGAAAUUAGAGGCACAAAUUGCAGUGAUGCAAAAUAGGUUGGGAGCACUUCGUUCUGUAGAGCACGAGCUCGAAGUCCUACGGCAUCAAAAAUCUCAAAUGGAACGAGAUAUGACCGCUGCUCAGAGGAAACAAUCGGGGGGUGUUUGGCAGUGGAUGACUAGCUCUGCUCAGAACUUUGAAGAAUAAAAGCAAUUGGAUAAUUCUCAGGGGUCCCAUGAGACAACAAUUCCUCAUCAAGCACAUGGUUGUACUCAGUCUCAGGAGAUUCAUAAUAGAAGAGGAGAGCUGCUACAUCUUGGAGGAAAUAGCCCGAUGAUUUUGAGCCACCAACUGCUUUCUCAAGAUUUUGCCUGCAGUCGAUCUUGGGAUGGCAUCUAUGAAAGCAACUCGUUUAACCUUCUUGUAAGGAGCAACCUGAUAAUGUUUCCACAGGAUGGUGCUUGAAAGUUCAGUUGUCUACUAGAAACAUUACACUAAAUCAAAUGCAUACAGGUGAGCCAUUUGUGUAGUUUAGUUGGAGGGUGCGCAUUCCAUGAUAAAACCCAGAUCAUUAUGAUUAUUUAAAUUGUUUAAUAGGACUAUCAAAGAAAGAAAUACAAAAUCCAAGAUCUUUCAUUCAUCAUGUCUUAUUGGUUCUUCAA